CCGCUUCCGGCGCGGUCCUGCAAGCUCCGCGGCGAGGCAGGCGGAGAGCCGGGGUCGGGGGGCGGCGGCCACGGUGCGGCUGGGCUCGCUGCUGCCCUCGGCGCCGUCGCCAUGGGCAAGAAGCACAAGAAGCAUAAGGCCGAGUGGCGCUCGUCGUACGAGGACUAUGCAGACAAGCCUUUGGAGAAGCCCCUGAAGCUGGUGCUCAAGGUUGGAGGAAGUGAAGUGACUGAGCUCUCCGGGUCCGGCCACGACUCCAGUUACUACGAUGACAGGUCAGACCACGAGCGAGAGAGGCACAAGGAGAAGAAGAAGAAGAAAAAGAAGAAGUCGGAGAAGGAGAAGCACCUUGACGAUGAAGAGAGGAGGAAGCGAAAGGAAGAGAAAAAGCGGAAACGGGAGAAGGAACACUGUGACACAGAGGGAGAGGCGGACGACUUUGAUCCUGGGAAGAAGGUGGAGGUGGAGCCGCCCCCCGACCGGCCGGUUCGAGCGUGCCGGACACAGCCAGCUGAAAAUGAGAGCACACCUAUUCAGCAACUACUAGAGCAUUUCCUCCGCCAGCUCCAGAGAAAAGAUCCUCAUGGAUUUUUUGCUUUUCCUGUCACGGAUGCAAUUGCUCCUGGAUACUCAAUGAUAAUAAAACAUCCGAUGGAUUUUGGCACAAUGAAAGACAAGAUUGUAGCUAAUGAAUACAAGUCAGUCACAGAAUUUAAGGCAGAUUUCAAACUGAUGUGUGAUAACGCGAUGACGUACAACAGACCCGACACCGUGUACUACAAGUUAGCUAAGAAGAUCCUCCACGCGGGCUUUAAGAUGAUGAGCAAAGAGCGGCUGUUAGCUUUGAAGCGCAGCAUGUCGUUUAUGCAGGACAUGGAUUUUUCUCAGCAGGCAGCUCUUUUGGGCAACGAAGAUACAGCCGUCGAGGAGCCUGUUCCUGAAGUUGUGCCCGUACAAGUAGAAACUGCCAAGAAAUCCAAAAGGCCGAGUAGAGAAGUCAUCAGCUGCAUGUUCGAGCCGGAAGGAAACGCCUGCAGCCUGACCGACAGCACCGCGGAGGAGCACGUCCUGGCCUUGGUGGAGCACGCGGCCGACGAGGCCCGGGACAGGAUCAACCGGCUGGUCCCCGGCGGCAAGAUGGGCUACCUGAAGAAGAACGGGGACGGAAGCCUGCGCUACAGCGUGGUCAACACGGCCGAGCCGGACGCAGACGAGGAGGAGACCCACCCGGUGGACCUGAGCGCGCUGUCCAGCAAGCUGCUGCCGGGCUUCACCACACUGGGCUUCAGGGAGGAGCGGAGAAGCAGAGUCACCUUCCUGUCCGGCGCCAGCACCGCCCUGUCCACGCACAACAACUCAGUGUUCGGUGACUUGAAGUGCGACGAGGUGGAGCUGCUGUACUCGGCCUACGGAGACGAGACGGGUGUGCAGUGCGCGCUGAGCCUGCAGGAGUUUGUGAAGGAUGCCGGGAGCUACAGCAAGAAGCUGGUGGAUGACCUCCUGGACCAGAUCACGGGCGGGGACCACUCGCGGAUGCUCUUCCAGCUGAGGCAGAGGAGAAGCGUUCCAACGAAGCCUCCGGAUGAAGUAAAGGCGGGAGACCCUCUCGGGGAUGGUGGCUCCACCCUGGACUUCAUGGCCAUGAAGUCCUAUUCGGACGUCUCUCUGGACAUCUCUGUGCUCGGCUGUCUGGGGAAAGUGAAGAAGGAGCUGGACCACGACGACGGCCGCCUGAGUCUGGACGAGACCACGAAGCUGCUUCAGGACCUGCAGGAGGCGCAGGCAGAGCGCGGAGGCUCCCGGCCGUCCUCCAACCUCAGCUCCCUGUCCAACGCCUCCGACAGGGACCAGCACCCCCUGGGAAGCCCUUCUCGCCUCAGUGUUGGGGAGCAGCCAGAGGGGACCCACGACCCGUACGAGUUUCUUCAGUCCCCAGAACCUGCAGCCUCCACAAAGAACUAGCCUUGGAGAUAGUCUUUGACUGCUUUUUAUUUUUUAAGUUUUUAUUUGCACGUACAGGGUUUUUGCCGUGAGACGGAGACUUUCAUUUUGUCCCCU